AUGCAAGCAAGGCAUUCAGCGCCGAGCGUGAGCCCUACCAAUGCACGUAUUGUGGCAAGGUGGGACACACGGUGGAUCGUUGCUGGACAAAGCAGAAGAACGAAGGUCGGGGAGCCCGACGCGGCGGCAAUGGUCGUGGACGCGGGGGCUAACAAUGUCCAGUGGGGACAUCAUGAUGAAGGCAAUGGCUACGAUCGAGUGGCGUUUGCAGUCUCGUUCGAAUGUGGAGUUUCGACGAGCAAGGACGUGUCUGGAAUGUGGGCCGUCGACAGUGGUGCAACGCACCACAUUUGCCACGACAAGACCAAGUUCGCAAGUUUGGCAGAGCGCAAUGAGGGCGAACUCUUGGUGGCUGAUGGCAACAAGGUGGCCAUCAAGGGUGUGGGAACCAUCAUGGAAAAGGUGGUUCUGCCCAACGGUGAAGAGCGUGAGAUCGAAAUCAAGAACGCGCUAUAUGUUCCAAGUAUGAGCAAGAACCUGCUCUCGGUGCCACAGAUUAACAGCCAUGGCAAGUUUCAAGUCGUGUUUGACGGGUCCAAGAUGUAUGUGACUCUCAAGAACUCACAGCAAGUGGUGGCGACAGCGGAUCUCGUGGAUGGACUCUACUGGCUUCCGGACGACUCAACGAUCAGCGAAUUCGAUGUACUUCGCAAGAUGAUCGCGACCAACAUGAUCAAGGAUGUGCGAGUCCCUCUCAAGUCGGGUGGAGCAACUACAUGUCGAGGAUGUCAACAAGGGAAAAUGGUCCAAAAACCAUUUCCAAGCAACCGAGACAAGCGCAGCUACGAUACGUUUGAGCUACUUCAUCUGGACAUCUGCGGGCCCAUGGAAAAGGAUUCGCUCGGUGGCAGCAAAUAUUUGCUGCUGAUCAUCGACGAAGCCAGUGGAUGCAUGAAGGGCUUUUGUCUACGAGUGAAGUCCGAGAGUGAAGACUACAUCCGGAAAUAUAUCACCAUGGUACAGACGCAAUUCUGUAAGAAGGUCAAGUUCGUGCGACACGACGGAGCUCGCGAGUUUGCAACCAACUCGCUUCAACUGUUCUACGAAGACGAAGGCAUUGAACAGCAGACAACGGUGCCGUAUGCACAUCAAACAAACGGAACAGCAGAGCGUGCCAUUAGGACUAUUGUCACGAUCGGCCGCAGCAUGCUUCAUCAUGCCAAACUGGACAAGUGUUUCUGGGCCGAAGCAGCGAUGACGGCCAUCUACGUCAAGAAUCGACUGCCGUCACCUAAAGUCGUGCACAAGACCCCGUUUGAGAUCGUCUACAACUUGAAACCAAGCGUCAAGCACAUGCGAACAUUCGGGUGUCAGACAUACAUACUGACGCCUAAAGAGAAUCGACUCAAGUGGGAUCCAAAGGCUCGCGCUGGCAUAUUCGUGGGCUACGAAGAAGUUUCGAAGGCAUAUCGUGUUUAUGACAUCGAGGCGGGGCAGGUGGUUAUCAGCCGCGAUGUCAACUUCGACGAGUCCACCUUUGGACUUCAACUGCCGAUCACUGAUGAAGAUGUCGAUGACCUGGACUUCGAAUUGCUGGAUCUUGAUGACGAAGAGCUGCGUCAAAUGGAGUACAAGCAAACAGGCAAGCGCAAGAACCGACUCAAUGAUGAAGAUACAGCAGCUCCACGACCGCGUGCAGUGCGUCAACGACCAGGACUAGAAGAGUCAAGCGCGCCGGAAAACAACUCGUCACGACAAGAAGAAGACGAAGAAACGAAGGAUUCUGGUGAUUCAACACCGCCUGUGUUUUGGCGUGCGAGUGCAAAUGCCGUUGAAGCAGCAGUGGACUUAUCAGAACCCUCAACAUUUGAAGCAGCAGUAAGCGGCCCUGACCAAGUGCACUGGAGAAAAGCAAUUCAUGCAGAGCUCGAGUCAAUGCGACUUCGUGUUGCAUUGUAG